UAUUUCCAGGAAACACUUGCAGAAACCCUUCGAGAACCCUUUGCCUGGCAGCACCAACGGGGACGGCCAGGAGAUGAGCGCAUCUUUGAAUUACAAGUCGUUUUCCAAAGAGCAGCAGACUAUGGAUAACUUGGAGAAGCAACUCAUCUGUCCCAUCUGCUUGGAGAUGUUCACAAAACCUGUGGUCAUUCUUCCCUGCCAGCAUAAUUUGUGUAGGAAAUGUGCCAGUGACAUUUUCCAGGCCUCUAAUCCGUAUUUGCCCACAAGAGGCGGUACAACUGUGGCAUCAGGGGGCAGAUUCCGCUGCCCAUCUUGUAGACAUGAAGUGGUUUUGGAUCGACAUGGGAUAUAUGGACUUCAGAGAAACCUGCUGGUGGAAAAUAUCAUUGACAUCUACAAGCAGGAAUCUACCAGACCAGAAAAGAAAUCAGACCAGCCCAUGUGCGAGGAGCACGAAGACGAGCGCAUUAACAUCUACUGUUUGAACUGCGAAGUGCCCACCUGCUCUCUGUGCAAGGUCUUUGGGGCACACAAGGAUUGCCAGGUGGCGCCCCUCACCCACGUGUUCCAGAGGCAGAAGUCUGAGCUCAGCGACGGCAUUGCAAUCCUUGUGGGGAGUAACGAUCGAGUGCAGGGCGUGAUCAGCCAGCUGGAGGACACCUGUAAAACCAUUGAGGAAUAUUGCAGAAAACAGAAGCAGGAUCUCUGUGAAAAGUUUGAUUACCUGUAUGGCAUCCUGGAGGAGAGAAAGAAUGAAAUGGCCCAAGUCAUUACUCGAACUCAAGAGGAAAAACUGGACCAUGUUCGUUCCCUGAUCAAAAAGUAUUCUGAUCAUUUGGAGAAUGUGUCAAAAUUGGUUGAGUCUGGAAUCCAGUUCAUGGAUGAACCAGAAAUGGCAGUGUUUUUACAGAAUGCUAAAACUCUGUUACAGAAAAUUUCUGAAGCAUCGAAGGCAUUUCAGAUGGAGAAAAUAGAACAUGGUUAUGAGAAUAUGAACCACUUCACAGUCAACCUCAAUAGAGAAGAAAAAAUAAUACGUGAAAUUGAUUUUUACAGAGAGGAGGAAGAAGAAGAGGAAGAAGAAGGAGAAGGAGAAGGUGAAGGAGAAGGAGAAGGAGAAGGAGGAGGAGAAGGAGGAGAAGGAGAAGGAGAAGAAGGAGAUGGAGAUGGAGAAGAACGAGAAAGAGAAGAAGUAGCAGAAAGAGAAGAGGUAGAAAAUGUCCCAACAGAGUCCUGGGGAGAAGAGGAAAGUCCAGAGGAAGUCUUGGAGACCCCUCCGCUGGCUUUAGAGCUCCAGGAUGGACCAGGGAAUCUUCCAGUUUCCUCCGCAGAGGCACUUCUUGUCCUGCCACCUGCUGCAGACGCCCUGGUGACACAGGGGGAGGUUGUGCCCACUGGCUCUCAGCAGACCACAGAGUCUGAAACUCCAGUUCCGGCAGCAACGGACCCUGCGGAUCCCUUGUUUUACCCUAGUUGGUAUAAAGGCCAAACUCGGAAAGCCACCACCAACCCACCUUCCACCCCCGGGAGCGAAGGUCUGGGGCACAUAGGGCCUCCAGGUUCUGAGGAUGCGAAUGUGCAGAAGGCAGAAGUGGCAGAAGCUGCAGCCAAUGAGAGGGCAGCAGUGAGUGGUAAGGAAACUAGUUCACCUGCAGCUACUUCUCAGAUUGGAUUUGAAGACCCUCCCCUCCAGGGACAGGCCGCAGCAUCAGGGAGUGGAAAUGGAGCUGAUUCUGAGCUGGCUCGGCAUGUCUUCUCCUUCUCCUGGUUGAAUUCCCUGAAUGAGUGAUGCUCAUUUCUGCUCUGUUUGUCUUACUAAAGUAAUGCAGGCAUCAAGCAACCUAAGUGAAAAUAACCUGAUGCAGAUGAUGGGAGGGACCUCUGAACAGGAUUUCUGCAAAUAAGUGAAAAAUAGA